UAUUUGAGUUUAUUUUAUUAAAUGCAUGUCAUUCGCAUUUCGUAAUUUGUUGCGUUUGACAGUACAGGAGGGAUAAGCAGCGUCCAGCCAGCUGCACGGAUUGAGCAACGUAGUGCAGCGAGUUGAGCCGCCCGCCCGCCUGCCUGCCUGCUGGAGAGAAUCCAUCACAGAAACAAACCGCCCCCUCCCACUCGAACGCCCCCGCUUCAGAUGGAACUCAAAAUACAUAAAGCCUCCAUGUUGCACAGGGAAUGUCGGGCCACCAGAUGUGAAACGCUGCUUAAAAAGUGCAUGUCUCCCUUUUAAGACGCCGAGCCACUUGUGAGUAAUUCAUGUUUGUUUUUUUUGGACGGGCAGAAGGAGCUUCGGAGUGUUUUUAGCGCUGUUCCAGACACGGACGGCCUCGCAUUGGAUAUUCGGAGCUAACUGGCUAACCCCAAAGCUGCUUCCCCACUUUACUUAGUUUGUAGUUUAAGGUCGGUUUUUAGUUUUCCUGUUUCUUCUUCUUCUUCUUUUUUUUUUUUUUUAGACAGAGACAUUGCCGAAGCUGCUUAUAAGCACUAGCUCAAAACGAUUUUUUUUUUCGGACAGCCAUAGAUGACAGCCUCCAAACAGCACCGUGCUAGCUGGCUGGCUCCCACCGCUGCCACAACGCUUCGCCUCAGACGGUUUCCUGGCUUUGUGGCCAAGCUGCUCGCCCUCGGCGUCAACUGCUAGCUUAGUGGAGCUAGCAGACGAAGCAAGCGCGUUACCACGAAUAACAUUGUUGCAAAACGAACCAAGGAUAAACACCCGCCUCAAUGGACCACAUGUCCAUAAUAACCCAAGUUUCCAAYCCGAAGGAGGAGGAAAUAAUCUCUUUUAACCAAGAAAAAGCAUCCCAGUCGAACAGCGGCCUGAAGAAGCAGAGGAACCGAAGCAUAUUCUCCACACUCUUUUGUUGCUUUCGCAACUACAAUGCGGAGCCACCAGCCACCAACAGCACUCUGCCUCCACCUGUUGAGGAGAACGGAUCGCCUCCCAAGUGUGACCAGGUCGAGGUCAUCCCUGUCCCUAGUCCGCCAGCCAAAUACCUCCUACCAGAGAUGAAAAUAUCUGACUAUGGUAGAAAGUGUGUGGUGAUAGACUUGGAUGAAACACUCGUGCACAGCUCAUUUAAGCCCAUCAGUAACGCUGAUUUUAUUGUACCGGUGGAGAUCGAUGGUACCGUUCAUCAGGUGUACGUGCUGAAAAGGCCCCAUGUGGACGAGUUCCUCCAGAAGAUGGGAGAGUUGUUCGAAUGUGUGCUCUUCACAGCCAGUCUCGCUAAGUAUGCAGACCCUGUGGCCGACCUGCUGGACCAGUGGGGCGUUUUUCGAGCGCGGCUCUUCAGAGAGUCCUGCGUGUUUCACAGAGGGAACUACGUCAAAGACCUCAGUCGGCUGGGGCGGGAGCUCAACAACGUUAUUAUUGUCGACAAUUCACCCGCGUCCUAUAUUUUCCAUCCAGAAAAUGCUGUCCCAGUUCAGUCCUGGUUUGACGACAUGAAUGACACAGAACUCCUGGAUCUGCUGCCUUUUUUCGAGGGACUCAGCAAAGAAGACGAGGUUUACGGGGUCCUGCAAAACUUCCGGAGCAGGUAGCAGGACACGCCACCCUCCGCUUCCUCCUCUCUGUCGGUCRCUCUCUGUCCCUUUCUCCGGCCCGUCGUCUCCGGCCCCUGGACAACGACUCUACGGCAACGCGUCACUGUGGAAACCCUCUCUCUCCCUCUCCCUUUCUGUCUCUCCUCCUGAUGACUGGCUGCCUUCCGAGUGCCAUCAGAAAAACAAACUUAAAACCCUUUAUUACCCCAGGACCACUGUGUCUCACAGAAAGCGGACAGAGCGGAGGACAAAAUACUAAGAGGAACGAACUCUGGUCUUUAUUUUCAAAUCGCAGACUUUUACUAUUCAGUAAAGUGCUAAUUUUUAAAACCAAAAGCAAAAGACAAAAAAAAGAGAAAAAAAAUCAACUUUCCAUCUUUAGACUCUUUUUGUGGUACCACACAAAAGCCUGGAAACUAUUUUGUCCUCAUAUUGUUGCUAUGCAGGCAGUUUCUGGUAGUAGAAAGGACUGUGACUCUUUUCUUACUGAAUGAAGUGCCUUGUAUGAAUGUCGUUUAUAUGGGGAGUCGUUUUCUACAUGGCAGAAUAUGCUUUAAAGUGGACACAAAAGCAUCUUUAUCUAAGGUUGUACUUUGCUGUUUUUUUUUUUUUCGAUCAUCAGCUGGGUAUUUCUCGUAGUAUUUUUUUUCUGUAUGCUUGUGCCAUUAUAUAGAUGUGACUUUUUCUUUCAACUUUUAUUAUUUGUAGAGCUAGCUCUUUUUGUUUUAGGAGAACACUUGCAGAACAUCAACCCUCCACCUGCAAGCUGUUUUUCUUUUUUCUUUUUUUUUUUUCAUCAUUUGAUCUGAAAGCUCAGAUAAACUGUGCCAUUCGUUCAUUUCUCUCUCACAUUAUUUCCCAUAUUGCAUUUUAUUAUUUGCCAAAAUGAGGAAAUGCGUUUCAACACGCUUCAUAUCUUUGCCAGAAUUUGAGUAGACCAUUACUAAAUAUAGCAUUAUAGUUAAUUUUUUGUGUGUUGAGAUGAUCUGUCAUGUUUAUCCGAUGGCUAACUCUUUUAUGUGCAUUUUUGUUUUUUGUCUGAAAGAGUCUGGGGGUUAUUGCAGCAAAAUGGUCCAAGUGCCAUGUUCUUUUUUUAUUUUUUAUUUUUUUUAUUUUUUUGUCGGACUCAAGGAGCUUUAGGAAAAGUUUGUUUAAAAAUCACACUUUCAUCCUGAUUUACGAGCGAUCGUGGCCUGKCCUUAUCCAGCCCUGGUGUAAAAACCAGCAAAGACCAUAUUUGAUGUUUAUCUUCCCAGACUUUUUCUUUUUAAAGAGAAAAAAAAAAACACUUCUUCACCUCAGUGCCUAUGUUUGAGAGGAGCCCAGCAAAACCGAAUGCUGCAACAUUAGCUACGAUGGCAAUAACCUUUUUUUUUUUUCUUCUUGUUUUCUUGUUCUUUCCUGUCCCAAUAUGUUAGUCGUUUCUAAGAGCACUUGACAAAUCUCGGCAGUGGAGGUAUGACUGCGACACGAUUUGAUGAAAGACAACCUUUUUAUUUUUUUUUAAAUCGGAUUUUAAAGUGCUGGAACAGUUUUGAAUGUUGCAGCACGGGUGAUUCCAGUGAACAGGUCGACUACAUCGCCAUGUAUACCAGUUUUCAUCGAGGCAGACUGUGAAAAGGAUGCCACACUGAGGGGAGGGGAUCUUCAGUCCUGGUCCAGGUUGAAAUGAAACACUACCAGGGGAAUGAAACUGAAAAAAAAAAUGAAAGGGAAAAAAAAAAAAGGGGGGGACUGUG